AUGACUUCUUUUGGAAAAUAUGUCAGUAAUUUUGUUAAAACUGCAGUUUCAUCUAUAUCACCUAAUAAAAUAAUAUCGUACACCAUAAGUCAAUAUGAAUCCGAAUAUCAAGACUGUGAACGACUUCUACAAGAAAAAUCAAUUUAUUACUUUUACAAAGUGGCAAACCAUUUUGAUAUGGUGUAUUUGCCCGGACUGGUUGGCAGCUCAGGUAGUGGUGAAAAUAUACAUGCUUACAGCUUAUUCCGAUUCCAAGGUGAAGAGGAGGCAGGUGUUGCUAUGUUUUCACGAUUCAUGGAGGUCCUUGAUCCUCUGCAUUUGGCCUGCAUAAGCGUGGGUUUAACUAUCGAUCGUACUUGUUUAGAGAAAAUAACUACUUACUCUCGAAACAACUAUGGUUGGGGAGCUGCUCACGUGGCUGCAGCAAUUUCCUGGCGCGAGCUCUUUCUUGGUGAACCUGUUAGAAGGCUUUUGAAUGAAUAUGAUCCUAUCUCCGGUCUAACUCCAUUAAGAAUUGCUAUAAAGGAAAAAGAUGAAGAAACUGUCCGCUUUUUGGUAACUUUGGACAAUAUUACUGCAUUUGAAAGCGAUGGAGAUGGGAAUACUGUGGUCCAUUUGGCUGCUGAACACGCUUCCAAGAGAAUUUUAUGUCUCCUCCUGCAAAACCUCAAAUGUUUAAAUGUCAAUGCAUUGAACAUAUAUGGUGAAUCACCGUUGCACAUUGCCUGUCGUAUUAAUUCUUUGGAAUGUGUAGAAGAAUUGUUAAAAGCUGGUUGUAAUCCACUGGUUGGUGAGGCUGAAUUAUUUCCUAUGCACAUCGCUGUUAACAACGACUCAAUUGAAUGUGUAGAUCUACUGUUUGCAAACUGUCCACGUUGUAUCAAUCUGCCAGAUUUAAUAAACCAUAACACGCCAAUUCAUUUGACGCGUAAUUUCAAAAUAUUUGAAAGAUUAUGUGAUCUUGGAGCAAAUUUAGAUGCACGUAAUGAUAUGGGACUUACUGUUCUACACAUGAAAGUCCGUGAUAACAAUUUCGAAGAAGUCCUAGCUUUAUUAAUCAAUGGUGCAGAUCCAAAUCUGUGUGAUAUUGACGGAGCAACUCCUUUGCAUUACGCAAUUAUUUAUAACACAUCGAUUCACGUGAUUCGUGCUCUAUUGGCAUUCGAAGCUGAUCCAUGCGCUGUAAAUAACAAUCAGCAUAGCUGUCGACACUUACUUUGUCGUGAUUCUGAAAGAUAUAUACAUUCAGAUGAACGGGUUGGUAUGCCAGUGUGUUAGUGUUUUAAAGACGGAACAAAACAGUCUCUCUCUGUCCCUCACACACAUACACACGACUGAAAAACACAUAUUAAUCGUUGCCUUAAUUACUCCAGUACAAGUUUUGAAUGGAGUAUUUCAAGAAUGUUUUUAGAUAAUGAAUCAAUAACAAAGUUAAAAUAUUCAGGUUGUAAUUAAGCUUCUUCAACGUGAAUCUCAGUCGUCAGAUGAGUUUUGCUGUGUAACUCCGUAUUUUUCCCGAUUACUUCCAAAUAUUUUUGGCGUAUCAAAGAUAGACCGUGAAGUGGACAUAGAGAAAACAGAGGUGGGUGAUGAAGAUUCCUGGCCACUAACAACAAACAGCAAUCAACCAGCAUAAAUUGGAGAAAUUUGAAAGAAGCAACCUCCUUUACCUACCUACCUACCUACCUAGCUGUCUACCUGGGAAGCAUCGUUUCAACUACAGGCGGACAGGACUGAUGAGGAUAUCGAAGCAAAGAUCGGGAAAGUAAGGGAAGCUUUCAUUUCUCUAAAGUCUGUGUGGAUGUCAGCAGCAUUAUGCAUGAAAAAUAAGAUCCAGAUUUUCAACUUCAUACGGAUUAGAGACUUGCGCUGCGCGUCAUGAAGAGCAUGGCUCAAAGUGGUAGUUUUUGGUGAUGUCUGGCGCAGAUGCAUGCAGUCCUUGUAAUUUACCAUAUCCAAUAAAAUUCUAUUGUUCCUCCAUAUAACUAUUCGUCUGCCUCACAUUCGUGUUGAUUAUACGUCUCUGAUUUGAAUUUCUCUUUACCCUCUGAUGUUAUUUGCUUUGUUUGGUAUGUGAAGGGAGUGUGGGGCAACUCGAACUACUGCACAUCUGUGAAAUGUUCUACGUUGAAACCAGUCAGUCAAUUAACUUAACAGCUAUCGUGUAAUAGUACAAUUUCAUGGUCUAAAAAUCACUUUACUAAUCAAUUUCAUAAGCCAUUAGUGCAUCUAAUAGUUCAUAAUAACUCAUUAUUAUGGCUUUUCAGACAGGUGAUUUCAUGCACUUCAAUAUCUGAAUUCUCCAAAUUCCAACCAAGUCUGUCAUAUAUUGUUAUUAUUAUUAUUAUUUACUAUUCCUUUGGGUUCCAAAUCGAUCAUACGGCUUCAACAGAACGUCUCUCUUCAUUUUGUUGUCGUAUUCUCUGCAGUAUUCUUCAGCGGACUCUACGAUUGCCCGUAGGCUCUCGCCUCCUGCUCACAUUAUCUCCUCUAUAUCACCCUCGGACGCACACCCAACUCGUCGUUUUUCAUUCGGGUUCCACUUGGGAAGUGGCCUGGUAUGUUAUACCAUGCAGUAGUCUUCUCAACAUCUGUCCCACCCAUCUCCAUUUUCUUCUGCAUAGUUGUUGAGCUGUUGGUCGGCUCGUUCGUUCCCAGGGUUUUUUAGCCGGUGCUAAGCUUGAGGAGAGAGGGAAGGUUGAGUGUGUGUGUGUGUGUGGGUGUGGCUAGCGAUCCUAUCCCGAGAAAUCAAUCCGAAAUUCGCUGCAAAAACUUCAAAACACAACAAAAGUAUAAAAAGUAAAGUCUGUCAUAGGGAAAAUGAUAUAUGUAUGCCUAUAUUAUUUGAAAACACAAACCAAGUACACUAUGAGCGACGGCAUGCUGUCCUCCACUGCAUACAAGAAACACUAGGUUGAAUGAUAAUGAUAAUCAAGUCAUAAAAUGUCAAUGAAAGUAGGAUUUUAAAGUUGUGAUACUGCAGUUGAGAACAUAGUCUAAAAGUUAUUUACACGACUACAAUCUUUUAUCAGGUAUAUAACCUUUGAACACUGAUUUCCGCUAUAUUACAACCCAUCGUCUAGUAAUCCCACUUCCCUUGGAAUCAGACAGCAAGAAAGGUGGAGUUUGUUGUCGGUCCCUGUAGAGCUGGGUAUGUUAGCCGUAGCCAGCGUUUGCCAUCCAAACGUAUCAUCGAUCACUUAUGGUUUCAAAAAAGAGAAAAAUGUUUCCCCGGAAGCUGUAUCCUGGAAGACUUGAUCAAAUCGCAGCACCAAGGAAACCCACAAAGUAACUUUGAAGUCAUCCAUAGAAUACGUGAAUAUCUUGCUAAAAGAGUACGAAUCAUACUUCUUCAAGCCUCAGAAGCAAUGGCAAUUCCUCACAUGUGAAAACGUGAACUCUGCAUACAAAAGCGGAAGUUUGUUCAGUCAUUAAAUCUACAGUGAACCUGACCGACCUAUCUUAACACCAAAUACGUAAUUUGUUUUUUUGUUUAGUCUCUUUUUUGCUUGUUUAUUUCUUAAUUGUAUAAUAUUUUCUUCCUCCAACCCUCAUUAAAUCUCUACCCCCCCUUAUUACCAUCACUGUUGUUUACUUGACUUUUGUUCAACUUUAAUUUUAGCUGAACUCUACUCAACCCCGUCAAAUAGAUUACGUCAGUCAACUUGCUUAUUUAAUCUUACUUUACUUGUUAACCAAUUAGCGAACAGAUUUUUACCUUUUGUCCAAUUAACACUUUCUGCAAUACAUAAUUUCUUUGUGUGUGUGUGUGUGUUAAAGUGUGACAGUGAGUGGAAUUACUAAACUGUAAUAAUAUUGGUCUAUAGAAUUAUGAGUCACCACUGAUUGGAUAUAUGAAUGAAUAACUAAAUAGAUAGAGGUCAAACUAGAGUCAAGGUAAUGUUACCUCGUUUGUCUAAUUCCAUGCGUAUUCAUUUGUUCACCUGCACUUGUGGAGUUAGGUGCAUAAGACGUUCGUUGCCACGUUCAGGAAGACUUCCCAAAGCCUAACUUUAUUGUAUACAAAAACAUUUGUAUAAUCUCUUUCGUUACCAUGAUCUUGACUUUCCCAUUUCCUUUGCUUCUCAACGUUUUUGUUUGCUUCUGUAUUCUAUUCUGCAUUUUUGUUGUAUAUCUUUUUAUUUUAUUUCUUCUUUUUCUAGCAUUCUAUCUAGUCCACCCCUUUGGUGACACUGCACACACAGGCUAUAUGUGUACAUCGUCAUAUAUUAUGGUGACGCUUUCAUAUAGACAGAUAUACAUUGUUUUUUGGAUCUACUAUUCCACACUUAUCUUUUAAACUUGCGACUGACCUGUAUUUACCCCGUUAGUUAUUCAUAUAUAUAUGAUUGUAAAGUGAUGAAAAUGAAAUCGUUGAAAAGAUAAUUUUCUCCGCUGGAUUCUUUGUUUUUAUGUCUCAAUGGGAAUUAUUAAUUUAGUCACGUAAUUUGUUAACUGAAAUUUACAACUCUAGUGACAAAUAUUUGAAAUAUCCAGUUUGUUGCUAAGAUAAUUAACUAUAUGUAUGCGAUUGUACAGCUUGAGAAUGAUGCCGCCGAAAAGACUAACUCUUCGUUGAAUGUCUUGUCUUUUCAAGAGUCUAGUUUUCUUUUAGGAUUAGAUUUGUUUAUACGACUUUGACCACGCACGGACUGAUAUCAGUGAGAGAGAGCCAUUGAAAACUACUGCUGGAGUACUGGACAGCUGUUUCGUCGGCCUAGUUUAGGAUCAUUGGCAGUACGCGCCCACCACACGAGUUCGAACCCAGUACCUUCCGGUUACAAGGCAAGCUAACUCGCAGACCAUUCAGUUUUUUUUCUUUUAUAAAAAUAAACGCUUGGAUACAAUGACUAAGAAGUUACAUAAUAAGGACAAGAGGUGACUAAGAUGAUAACUUAUUAAUAAGUUGAGUAACAAUGUGGGGUGAGUUCAACUCAACCUAAAUCAUACAAACAAGUGACAAGAAAAGUUAUGGCUAUAGCGAAAGGGGAGAGGGGUUUAAGCCAAAGAAAGCAUCAAAACACUCAAUUAUCAGGGUAAGAAAGGGUUAAUAACUAACUGCUUUUCUUCUGAGUACAUAAUUCUAGUUUCAGGCGUUUAACUGCGAUGGCUUCGGCAAAGUUGAAGAGAAUCACACUGUUUUGUUUAUUGACAAUUUCAGAGGAUAUGUAGAUGUAGAUGUUCACCUCAUCAUGACCCGUAUCAAAUGCGAUUUCUAACAAUGGCAUUAUGAACUUUAUUGAUUCAUAGCACUCUGUCGUCCAUCCAUAGUUAAGUUCGAAUAAAUCCUUCUUCUCUGCUUACAUAAUGUGUUUGAUAACAACCACAUCUACUCGCUAUCGAUUAAUCUUUACACUCUCAUUGACUAGAGUAUCUGUUUUUUACGUGAAAUCCUACACUGAGUUCUCUACAUUAUCGUAUGUUGUGUCUGCGUUGCUGACAGAAAUCGAAAUUCGUCGAUGCCAUCACUCUCCUACCGAAAUUCUUAACUAAUUUCAGCUUGUAAUGUGAACUAUCUUUAAUGAUUUUCGGUGAUAACCCCUUUAUGUGUCUGUCUAAUUGGUUCACGUUAAUAAAUGUGAUAACGUAAAUCGUGGUGAUCUACUCUUCUUUUUAUUUAAGUAUAUUCGUUUCCUUACAGUGUAGAUGUUUUAUUUUCAGUUCACUAUAUGCAUAAUCCUUACAAUAUAUUUCUUUCCUUUUUUAAGAGAUUUAGCUUUGUAUACUCUG